AGCGACAUAGCAGUGGUGAACCUAAGCUCGUGUCGUGGCUUCUCACGCGAAACGGACGAUAUCGUGUCUCUCAUAAUUGCUGUUUGUGUUUCUAAUUAAAUCAACAACUUUAAUUCUAUAUUUAUCCCUCUAAAAAUUAAUACUUAUAAUUACAAAUAAUAACUCGGAUAGAUAAAAUCAUCCUGUAUAAAAAAAUCUUUCUACUCAUUGGAGUAUAAAGUUAUUUAAUAAAUCAUUAUUAGCAAUUUGUGUUAUAUUGUUCAUGAAUCGGAAGUUUCAACGAGGAUAAAAAUGACCGAAAAGAAGAUUUUCAAAUGUUUGUACAAUCUCGUAAGAUUAUAUCCCGGAUCGAGACUUCAUCGUAUGAAUCGAUCACGUAUAAAGCGAUGACAAUAAAUGACGACUCUGGAAAUAUCAAUAACGUACGACAUAUAUAUGUAUGUACUUAAUAAAAAAUUGAUCGAGUUUCGAUUAUUUCUCUACACUAUAUCAAGAUAACAAUGCGCAAAGUAUAAGGAAGGAACUGUUAAAUCAAUUGCAUACAUAUGAUUCGAACGAGGGAGAAAACUGUUAGAGGAGGACAACCGGAAGAAGAUAAACGUUUGAAACGACACGGAUUCACCGGAGCGUCCUUGUAACACUAUCAAUUUCACAAUAGACUAUCGAGAAACAGGAGUAGGCCACAUCGGAUAGGAAUAGACGACUCUCAGUCUCAUGAUUAUUUUAUCCUAUCGAAAUCUUGUUCGUGUAUGAAAGAUGUAAACCAGUACACGAUUCCUCAUGUGACAUCGAUCUCGAGUUCGACCAUUUUUGAUCACCGAAAGAAAUUUGUAAAAAUUUACGAUUUACGAAAAAUGUCAAUAUCAUAGGAAGAAAUCAGAUAUUUAUUGAAAAAAAAAGAAAAUAAAAAUAGUAAAAAAAAUUUGUUGAGACAACAUCACGUACGACCGUUCAUAUUUAUUUGUCCUUCGAAACAAAUAGAAUGAGUCGAACGGAGAGUGUUAAUAUGAAGUGAAACACGAGCUUUAUCAUUUUAAUCGAACAUAUUAAUAAUAUCUUUAUCCAGAUUCUGCAAGAAAGUCUCUUAAAUAUUAUGUAUUUUACGAAAAGAUUUAAGAGUUCACAGAGAAGUUCCUUGUUAAUGAAAGAACGUACUGCAAGUGACAGGAUCUGAUCUACCUGAAAGAAUACCGAUGAAAAAGGGAUCUUCUUGUUUUUCUUUCUCCUGGAUUUUCUUUUGAUAAAACCUUGUCACCCUUUAGAAAUCCCAAUAAUAAAAGGAGAACGAGAUCAGUAUGAAAGAAUUUCCUUUUCUCUUCUAAGAGCGCGAUCCUUCUUCUUUUUCUUCUUUUUCUUCUUCUUCUUCUUUCUUAAAAAUUCUCGACUUUAACACAGCGUUCUGUCAGACACGAAAUUUGUCUCGAUUAUCGACCGGACCGGGCAAAUGCAUCGGCCACAGGACGCAGUCGCGGCUCAGGCGCGGCCUUGGGCGCCGAAGCUGCGCGACUUUUCUCGCCGCUGGAUCGAGUCCCUGAGAGCUCUCUACGGGGAAAACGGUGCUUCCUCGGUGUCAACCAUCCGUAAUCUCAUGGGUAAUUUACAAAGUGAUGGUAAGAAGAAAGGGAAGAAGGUAAGGGAUGCUGCGAAUGUUACAUAUCCGAGCGUGGACGUUCCUGAAUUUUCUGAGAUAACAAAAAUCGAAGGAAGGAAAAAUUCAAAGAGUUUAGAAGAUGUGGCUAGCUUCGAGAUCGGCAAGAGCGCACAUAUAUAUAAAUCUUCCAUUGAGAAGUUACAAACUCCAGCUAAAAGACAAGCACCUAAACCACCGAUAGUGACAACUGAGGUCGAAAAGACAACGCCCGAUGUGAAACCAAGUUCACUAUCUCAACAUCAUGGGGAAUCAUCAGCUACAAAUAUUUCUCAUGAUGUUGAGCACGAGACGAUCGAUAAAACACCUAGUGGAAUGUCUACUAUCAUCAAUGGAACAGUCUCAACAUCGAAAGAACCGAUUAUUGGGGCUAACACAACACCGGUGAACCUAACGAACCCCUCAUCGACGUUGCUGGUCACCGACUCCUGGCGUCUCGCCAAUAAAGGUUUGCUAGUAGCCGAGAUAUCUGCACCGCUCAGUCAGGAAUCUUCCAGUGACAGUGUCUUUACCGAUCCAGAGGAAGCUCUAUUACCUGCGGAAACGCAAUGCGCUUCUAUCACUCCAUCUUCGACGGAUAUAUUGGUGGCUUCUGUCUCAUCGCGCGAAGAUCACAGCGAUAAAAGAUCACCAUUUGCUGUCCUAAGGCAUAAGAAGAUACAAUUACCACCUACACCCUCGCAACUAAACAUCUCGCAAUCGCCGGCCAGUGAUACUAGAAAGACACCACAUAGAAGACACACCAUGUAUGAAACUUCACCUGAAAGUCAAGUACUUAGAAGAGUAGCAAAUUUGGUUUUAGAUCGUGCUAGUCUUGAAUCUAAAAACAACGAAAAUGCCAAAGUUAUACCACGCAAGCUCGAUUAUGGCCUUUAUAGUAAAUUCGAAGGAUUACGUUUGAUAGAAGUACUGACGUCUGAGUUACCAGAACAUUUAAAAUCUCAAUUGACAGAUGCGGAACGUGAAAAACUUGAUUUGGCUUUUUAUUCUCGUUUAGUAUCAACCGGUCUUCUUCGAUCAUUUACAGAUAAAGAUAGCACAAGUAAUAUUUCACAUACGGUAUCUUCUGGUAAUCAUCGAAAUCAAUACGAUACGUUGUCCCCGCCAUAUUCUACCGAAUCUUUGAAACGAUUUAAAACGAAGGAGGAUAUCGAAAGAUUGGAAAAGGAAUUGAUCGAUCUAAGGAACGAGAUCGAAAGAUUAAGAAAACAAAAUAAGGAUGUAUCUACGAUGGCACAGGACAAGUGUGUUCAAACAUCUCCAAAAAGUGUAUCACCGACCGGUACAAGUGCAAGUUCGCCUUCAUCGAACGAUUACAAAAGUGCAUCAGCAGCAACGAGUGUUAGCGACGGAGAGAGAGUCACGGUGAUCUCUCUCGACAGUUCGCCCGUUUUGCCUAACAAAUCUGUCGUCUCUAGCCAAUCGAAAGAAUCUAAAGAAGAACCUGAAAUAACUAAUUUACGAAUGUUAUUAAAAGAUGAGAGAUCGAAGAUCCAAAUUUCUACUCAAAAUUCACUUUCACCGAAUAAUGAAGAUACUAAAAAUCGGGAGAAUGAUUUAUCUCGCACUGUCAUUGGAGAAAUCGUAGCUGAAACAUCUAAAGGAAAGAUGUCUGUUAAAAAAGAAACAGUUGAAUUAUCCAAAACCGAAUUAUCCUCGUCAGUUCCUACCGUCAAAAGUGUCGAAAAAGCGGGUUUAGUGAAUGGAAAAAUGCAAGAAGAUAUAUCACAGACUUGUUCUUCUCCACCAGCUCCAGCUCCACCUCCUCCUCCUCCUCCUCCCCCUCCAAUACCACCAUCACCAUCUCCGUUACUUUCGAUAGUAACAGAAUCUAGUAUUAAUUUUCAAUCGAAACAAAUUCCAGCGUUAUUGGCCACGUGUAUCUCACCACCACUACCAUCUCCACCAUCCUCGUUAGAUUUACAAACUUUGUGUAUACCUCCACCUCCACCUAUGCCAAGUACUACACAAGUACAAUUUUUACAACCACCACCGCCACCACCUCCAAUCCCAGGACUGAUAGAACAAACUUCUUUAUCUUCAACACCACCGCCGCCACCAUUACCACCACCGCUUAUGUCUGGAAUUAUUGGACUUCCAUCUCCUCCACGACCACCACCAAUACCUGGAAUUGUUGGAUCACAACCUCCUCCACCACCACCAAUGCCCGGAAUGUCAGGGCCACCGCCACCUCCUCCUCCACCAAUGCCUGGAAUGUCAGGGCCACCGCCACCACCACCACCGCCAAUGCCAGGCAUGACUGGACCACCACCGCCACCGCCAAUGCCAGGCAUGACUGGACCACCACCACCACCACCACCGCCAAUGCCAGGCAUGACUGGACCACCACCACCACCACCACCACCGCCAAUGCCAGGCAUGACUGGACCACCACCACCACCACCACCACCACCACCAAUGCCAGGAACAUCUGGUCCUCCGCCACCACCAAUGCCAGGAAUAGCUGGACCACCACCACCACCAAUGCCAGGUAUGACUGGACCAUCGCCACCUCCUCUAUUUUCUACCUCGAUCACGGGAGCAGGUCCUGGCUCAAAUGCAUCAGGACCACCGCCACCUCCACCACCACUCGCUUCUACUCCAACUCCUUUACCUGCUCCUCCUAUCGGAGGCUGGAAUCCUCCCAGCAGAUCGACAUUGAGGAAACAACCUUUAAAUCCUGUAGUACCAAUGAAGCCACUCUAUUGGACGAGGAUUUUAGCACCGAUGGCUGCUUGCAGCAUAGGAGAGUCUACGACGUCUUUUUGGGCGGAAUUAGAAGAAGAAAAAGAUCUUGAUAUCACAGAAUUUACAAAUUUAUUUUCACGCCAAGUCACUGAACGGAAACUUGCAAAAAAAGGAGAGGAUGUAGCUAAGCCAUCGAAAGUGCAACCAGCUAAAAUACUUGAUUCAAAACGAUCGAAAACUGUUGGCAUUUUGGAAAAAAGUUUACACGUAGAUUUCACUGAAGUUGAAAAUGCUGUUUAUAAUCUGGAUACAAGUGUAAUUAGUCUCGAAGCGCUACAACAAAUUUACGAAGUUAGAGCUACAAAAAAAGAGUUAGACGAAAUAAUCGCCCACGAAGAAGUUAAUUCAGAAGUUCCGCUGGAUCGCCCAGAGAUUUUUUUAAAACGAUUAGCAGGAAUAGAUCACUUCAGUGAAAGAAUGGCUUGUUUGGUGUUCCAAUCCGAAUUUCAAGAUGCUAUUUCAUCUGUUUCGAGCAAAUUAACGAAUUUAAAGACAAUUUGUGAUUACUUGAACAAUUCUAAUUCACUAAAGAAGGUGAUGGCACUUAUAUUAACUUUAGGAAAUUAUAUGAAUGGUGGUAACAUGAUGAGAGGACAAGCGGAUGGCUUUCAUUUGGAGAUUCUUGACAAAUUGAAGGAUGUUAAGUCUAAAGUACCGGGUAUUACUCUAUUACAUUUCAUUGUAAAAGCACGAUUAGCUCAGGAAAAGGAUUGUAAUUUUGAUGAACCAUUACCUUUGCCUGUACCUGAGCCAGCUGAUAUUAAAGCAGCUUCGACAAUAAAUUUUGAAGAUAUUACGAAGGAACUUCAAAGGCUAGACGAUCAACUGAAAGCUUGCAAAACAAAAUACGAAGCUGUGGUCGAAUCAAAUCCACCUAACGCACGAAUAUUUAAAGAAAAUAUGAACGCUUUCUUCACCAGUGCUACAACGGAAUUAGAAAAUGAAAAUAAAGCAUUAGUUGAGGCUAAAAAGAAAUUUAAAACUGUUAUGCAAUUUUAUCAAUUCAUACCUAAAGGUGCUACUUUGGACACAGCUGAUCCUAAUCAAUUUUUUUCACUGUGGUUAAAUUUCUGUCAUGAUUUCAAGGAUAUAUGGAAGAAGGAACAGCAACGUCUAAGGAAAGAAAAAAUGGAACAAGAGAUUUGGAAGAGACUUGAAAGUAAGAGAAAUGUUCAAAGAAAAAAAUUAGAUCCUCAUGGAUUAAAAGCUAGGAUAUUAAAAAAAGAAAAACUUUCAAAGAAGUAUGACGCGUGAUAAUAUCAAUUAGAUAAAAGGAAAUUAAUUAAAUCGAUAUGAAAUAUCGGAUAGAAAAUUAAAAAAAAAGAAAAAGGAAAAAGAAAAAAAAGAAAAACGAAUCAUAAGAGAAUA